UGAGGACCCGCCUCCCGGCGGCAGCGCAGGAAGGAGGAAGGAUGCCGGAGGCCGGCGGAGGGAGCGGGAUGUCGCUCGCAUCCUGCGUGGCUCCCAGGGCCUCUGGCCACCGGCACGCGACCGGACACACGCGCAGGACGCACCUCUGCCCUCGCUGAGGCCGCCCUCCGGGAACCUGAGGAAUGGCUGAGCUGCGGCCGGCGGAGGAGGAGCCCGCUGCUCCCUGACUGAGGACGCAGAGGCCCGCGGGCGUGUGCAUGUCGAAGGCCCCGCCCCCGGGGGAGUGGCCAUGUCCGAGGGGGAGAGCAAGGACAGCUCGGGCAGCGAGUGCCCCGUGUGCUACGAGAAGUUCCGGGACCUGGAGGGCGCCAGCCGCACGCUGAGCUGCGGCCACGUGUUCUGCCAUGACUGCCUGGUCAAGUACCUGCUCUCCACCCGCGUGGACGGGCAGGUGCAGCGCACCCUCGUGUGCCCCAUCUGCCGCUACGUCACCUUCCUCAGCAAGAAGAGCUCCCGCUGGCCCUCCAUGCUGGACCGGAGCGCCCAGACCCUGGCCGUGCCCGCCGGCCUGCCCCCGGGGCCGCCGCCCGCCCUCGCCCGGGCCCACCCCGGGCCCCGGGCCGCCUCCCCGCCCGCCUGGAGGGCGCCCCCCGGCCCCAGCCCCCAGCUGCCCUUGGACCUGCUGGCCGGCCUGCCCCGGGAGCCGCAGAUCUUCAUCAUCAGCCGCCACGGGAUGCCUCUGGGCGAGCAGGACAGCGUGCUGCCCCGGCGCAGCCUGGCCGAGCUCUCCGAGGCGCCGGCCGCGCCCCGCUCCUCCCGCUCCUUCUGCUGCCGCUCCCGGGCCCUCCUGCUCAUCACCCUCAUCGCCGCGGUGGCCGUGGUGGCCGCCAUCCUGCCCUGGGUGCUGCUGGUGAGGAAGCAGGCGUGAGCGAGCGGGGCCACCUGCAGGGCCGCCCGGCCAGACCCUGCUCCGGAAGCCACCCGUCCGUCCGUCCGUCCGUCCUCCCCGGCCCACCGGCUGGCCACGGCCUGGGAGGGGCAGAGGCCCCAGGGCAGCGGGGAGACCCGGAGCGGAGAGAGGGCACGAGGAUGGUGCUCGCUGGGAGUGUGGUGGCAUCGCCUCGCCUCCUGCUCCUUGCCCCAGCGGGGUGCGGCAUGUCAGGGGAGCCGGGCUGGGGACCUCCGAGUCCGGACGGAAUUGGAAACUGCAGGUUCGGGGCCGGGGUCAGAGGGGCAAUGGGAGCCUCGCUCAGAAACAGCCCUAGCGGCCUCUGCAGAUGCUUCCUCCUCUGGGCUGGGCCUGAGUCUGAGCCUGGGCCUGGGCCUGGGCCUGGGCCUGGGCCUGAGCCAGGGCCUGAGCCU